AACGUAUAAAAAUAACGUAUGACGAUUGAAACGAUGUACGAAGUUGUGUGCAUUAUUCUAGUGUGUAAGCGAAACCAAUUGAUUCGCCAGUACGCAAAUAUAACGACUGGAUGGAAAAGAAGCCGGAUGGAGCGGGGAUUGGGAAAAAAUAAGCAAGGAUAACGAGCUGAAUGAUGAUUGUUUAUUGAAAUAAUAUCCCAUUAGCUACCGGUGGCCAAUAUUUGGCAUAUGUAUAUAAUGGGAAAAGAACGUAGACUUGCGCGGGAGCAAGUAUACCCCGUGCUUUUGCGUGGCAGCUGUUCAGUGCAUCAACGCGAAGGCUGCGCACAUCGUUACCCAGUCCGUGGCUUAUACGUUAGUCGGUCGUGAAGCAUCGAUCGAAGAAACAAGAGGUGCACGCGUUGAUCGGUUUCGAACGAGAAGUUACGAAGAACGUGAGAAAGCAACGUGAGAAAUUGAGUGAGAAGAAGGAAGAGGAAAAAAAAGAAGGAGAAGAAGGAGAGAAGAAAAAGAGAAAGGAAGGGAGAAAGGAAGAAAGAUCUGUCCAGUGUGAAGAAUUUCGAUAAUCAUAGCGGGAAAUUGGAAGAGAUCGUUCGAUCAAUCGUUUCGAAGCAACGACGGGAACGAAAUCGACAGUCGGUGGCACGGAUCGCUGAGCGCGAUCGUUUACUUGUGAACCGGCAACGAAUCGGUGCUUGCGGUCAAUGAAGUCACGUAAGAGCCGUGAGAAAAGUAAGUUCAUCAAUCAUAAAGGCCGACUGUAGUGCCGCUCGAGUUUCCUCUCCGAUAAUCGGUGCAGGCCAAGUCGAUACGUCGUGCCGUGGAAAGAGAUCCUCCUUGAGACGAAGGGAUUGACACGACAGCCCAGGCCCGAACGAUCUCCCCCUUUAUCGCGAAACCGUUCGUUGCGGUGUGUCAGUGCUAACAGCUGCCAAAGAUGCAACGGCAAGAGGGCGAACUUGAAGAACUCGGGGGCAUUUUAGGGGGUUCCACCGCCGGUGCCCUUGCCCUUGGCGGCAGGCACAAGCCGGAGGAGCUUUCCACAUUGGCGGCCAACACCAGAUUCUCCAGGAAGGAAAUACAGCUUAUCUAUCGCGGUUUUAAACAGGAAUGUCCCACGGGUCUCGUCGACGAGGAAGCUUUUAAACAGAUUUUUUCACAGUUUUUCCCCCAAGGUGACGCUAGCCAGUAUGCUCAUUAUGUCUUCAACACUAUGAAGAGGAAACCGUCUGGAAAGAUAAGCUUUGAAGAAUUCUUGACUAUUUUGUCGAAAGUUUCGAGAGGAUCGGUAGAGGAAAAAUUGCAAUGGAUAUUUGGACUUUACGAUCUGGACGGAGAUGGAUUGAUCAGUAAAGAGGAAAUGUUGGAUGUUGUUGGUUCGAUUUAUGAGAUGUUGGGCCGUUAUACUCAGCCACAAAUAGUCGAGCCGCAUUUGGCGGCUCGGGAACANGUCGAUCGUAUUUUUCACUUAAUGGACGCGAACAAAGAUGGCGUGGUGACAAUCGAAGAAUUAGUACAAUGGUGUUCCAAGGACGAACAACUUUUGCGAAGUCUCGACACGCUUGAUACCGUCUUAUGAGAUCUUUAUAAUUAUUUUAUAAUUCUCACUCAAUUUCCCCAAGACUCAUAAAUCCCCUUAAAAUUAUAAUGCAACGUUCGAACGAGUUCUAUCAGUAAUUUCUAGAAAUUUGACUAUUUGGUCGUAUUAUUUAAUAUUUAAUACUUUAUGGAAGGAAUUGAAUUUCGAUUGAAAUUACUAAUUCGACUUCAUCGAAUGUUGCUUGUAAAUAUGUACUUAUCCUACCUACCCAGUCUUUCAAGCGUGCUAUUGAAUGCAUGAUGAAAUUAACAGUAUUAUCCCUGAAUAGAAUUCCUUCUUACAUCCUGCAUGUACUAAUCCUUGUGCGACUAACAAUUGUGCGACUAUUCGAUUCUCGCGCGACUAUAUUUAAUUUAAAAAAAAUAUUUCAGCUAAAAGAAGAAGAUGAAUUUGUGCUACAUAUAAUUUUGAUUUCGGCAUCAAAAAAUAUUAUAUCAGUAUUGUCUUGAAGGAUUGAAAUAUCUUUCAUUGGUAUUAAAAUUUUAAUGGUACGAAUUUAAUAAUUCAGAGCAAGUUAUCGAGCGGUUAUUGUAGGUACAAUACAGAAUUGUUAGGUAAGAUCGAUGCGAUGGGAACAAAUUAAUCUCCAGAUUCGUUAAAACGGAGACUGAACUCUAUAUUUAAACAUAACAUCUAAACUUUAAGAAAACUUUAAGAAUUUUAUCAAAUUAUGCUAUAAAGUUUUUCCGUAAAAUUCACAAAACAAUCUAAUAUGCGAUCUAAUAUUUCUUAACUUCUAUAUUUCCUCUAAACUUCUUUCACGAGUUAAGAAAUAUUUUGUAUUCCUUCCUUUAAAUAAUUUCAUGGUGCACGUAUGAAGCAGUUUUACUUUUUCACGAUCGAUCAAUUUUCUCUAAUUAAACAAAUAAAAUAUAAACGUACUUGAUACUGACCAUUAAGUACGAUUAAAAAUAUUUUCAAGGAGCUUCGAUUAUUAUCCAUCGUUUGGGUCAUUUUUUUAUCUUACAGCAAAUAUAAUUAUAAGAUUAUUAAUUAAAAAUUUAUUCGAAACUUUACAUUUCAAAAUUUAAAUAUAGCUUACAAAUAAUAAAGCGUUCAAGAAAUUCGUAGAGAGAAUUUAUUCAAAGUUUAUUCAAAGUUUCAAGAUUGUUAAAUUCAGGCAUAUGCGAAUAAUAUUUGACAAUCGUUUUAACUCUUGUAUAAAUGAAUAUAAAAGUUUUCUUCGAUCUUCCUGCUAUAUUCUUGAAUAUUUCCAGAUUUUUUAUUUAUAUUAGGAAAUAUGGCAAGAAAAUGCAAAAGUUCAAAGUUUAAAAUAUUUAACGCUAUAAGUUAAAAGAUUCGCAUAUGUCUAUAUUAUAGAUCAUAGAUUUACAAUACCUUCAAAGACCCAUAUACGAUGGAACAUAUAUAGUUAGUAACCCAAUAAUAGCGUAUCGUAGUACCCUCGACCAAUCAAGAGAAACGUGGUCCUCUAAGAUCAACGCCUCGUGUGAUUCUCUCGUACCUUAUUAAAUUUAUUAUUACUAUCGCAUAAAAAAUAUUGUUAUUAAUAUUGUAAUUACUAUCAAUACUUAUUACUUGUCUUCUAUCAAAUUGAAGCAAGGUAUUGCGCUCGCAAUAAUGAAAAUUAUUGGCGCAUAUUCGAGAUAUUCUAAAUCUUAUGUGUACAAAUAUCAUCGAAUUUGUUGAAUUUCUCAAGUUUAUUAAAAUAUCCAUAUUAUAUUUGGAAAGAUGUGAUCUAAAAUGUUCUAUAUAAUGUCAUGUGGAUAUAAAGAGAUCAAUUCAACGUUUAUACAUUCAAUUUCUCUGGGAUAUGCAAUUUAAACUAGCACAUCCUAUACAAAAAUAUUUGUUAUAUAUCUUAUAUCAGUUCCAUUCAGGAAUCAAUUUUUUUACAAAUUGAUUGCUGAUAAAUUGCUGAUAAAUUGUAUACUUAUGUUUAUA